ACCGACAAUGGCAUUGGUCUGUUUGAAAGGGUCUAUAAAUGGGAUUGGUUGGAACAAAGUCCCUCUAAAUAAAAGCGGUGUCAUGCAGCUGCAAACGUCCUGUGCUGGCAUCCUCACUCGACUCUCCAUUGCUGAAAGGAACAGCAUAACCAUACAGAAAAAAUGGAGUUCGGAAAUAAGGUUAUUGUCCUCUUAGUCGUGGCCAUCGUGGUGACUGGCAUUGGGUUGGGGGUAGGUUUGACCAGAAAGAAACCAACCAUAACGGUAGAACCGGAACCUACACCAACAGAAGGCCCUAGGGAACCGGUCCAGGAGGCCCUUCAGAGGAUUGACUGCUACCCUGAUCCUGGGGCAACCGAACAGUCAUGCGAGGAACGUGGUUGCCGGUGGAGCUCAUCGGACGUGGAUGGUGCCCCUUGGUGCUACUACCCGAAACAGGUGGACGUACCUGGGUACACCAUGGUUUCAGCUUCUGUCAAGAAUGCUUUGGGGUUUGAAGCUAUUCUUCAGAGGAGGGAUACACCUGUCCGGUAUGACAGACCAGUCCAGAGACUUCUCUUCCAAGUAGAAAUACAUUCAGAGACACGCGUCCGCUUCAAGCUCAUCGAUAUGGACAAUGAGCGGUACGAGGUACCGGUCGUCGACUUCAGCCCUCCCUCUCACCCUGCACACGAUCUCGACUACGAGUUCACCUACGAGCCAGACCCCUUCGGCUUCCGGAUCAAGAGGAAGAGCAACGGAGCCAUCAUAUUCGAUACAUCGAUAGGGGUGUUGGUAUACGAGGACCAGUUCCUCCAGAUCAGCACCGCCCUCCCAUCUUCUAACGUUUACGGGUUUGGAGAGCACAGUCAUCGUCGAUUUAGGCACGACCUCAACUGGAAAACAUGGGGAAUCUUCACUCGAGAUCUCGGCGUUGGGGGAGAUGAUAACUUGUAUGGAGCGCAUCCCUUCCACAUGGUUGUCGAAGAGGACGGUAACACACAUGGAGUAUUCUUCGUCAACAGCAACGCAAUGGAAGUUGCGCUUCAACCCACACCAGCUUUGACUUACCGGACCAUUGGGGGCGUCCUUGAUUUCUUCAUGUUCUUUGGCCCCACCCCUGAAAAUGUCAUCAGCCAAUACGGAGAGGUGAUCGGUCGUCCUGUCAUGGUGCCCUAUUGGUCACUGGGGUUCCAGCUUUGUAGAUGGCAUUACGGGUCACUCGACAGGGUCAAGACUGUGUGGUCAGAAAUGAUCGAGGCGGAGAUACCUUAUGAUGUUCAAUAUGGCGACAUCGAUUACAUGCUGGACAAGAAAGACUUCACUUACGACAAGGAUGGUGCCUACGCUGGUCUUCCCGAGUUCGUCCAGCAGGUCCACGACCACGGACAACAUUACAUCAUCAUUCUGGAUCACAUUAUCAAAAAGGAAGUCGGAUACCACGCCUAUGACCGGGGACUCACUCCGAAUGUAUUUGUGCUGAAUCCGAACCGGUCUGCACCUAUCGUCGGAAACGUAUGGCCGGGAGAUGGUGUUUACCCAGAUUUCUUCAACGAAAACGCUCAGCAGUAUUGGACAGAUCUCUGUGAUGAUUUCCAUGAUGAAAUCGAAUAUGAUGCCCUCUGGAUCGAUAUGAAUGAGCCUUCGAAUUUUGUGAGGGGGUCCAUAGACGGAUGCGAUAACAACAGGUGGAACUAUCCCCCAUACAUGCCAAAAAUCACGAUUGAGGAGGGAAAGAUUUUUACCAAAACGCUUUGCAUGGAUGCCCGCCAUGGCAUUGACGGUAUGUCGGGUGACCAUUAUAAUCUACACAGCCUCUAUGGGCACACGAUGGCAGUUGGAACGUACGAAGCACUCAAAACGGUUUUCCCUGAAAAGCGUAGCCUUGUUUUCAGCCGUUCAACCUUUGCCGGCACAGGAAAGAGUGCCCACCAUUGGCUCGGCGAUAAUCAGAGUAUUUGGGGCCACCUCCAUUGGGGGAUAACGGGUAUGCUGGAAUUCAACAUGUUCGGCAUACCAUAUAGCGGUGCUGAUAUAUGUGGCUUCUGGGGGAAUACCACCUAUGAGAUGUGUUGGAGGUGGACCCAGCUUGGGGCGUUCUACCCCUACGCGAGAAACCACAAUGCAAAGGGGUGGUAUCCUCAGCAUCCUCCUGUGUUUGGUGAUGACUUUGUAAAGAUGACGAAGGAGGUCCUUUCGGAAAGAUAUCGUCUUCUACCAUUCCUUUAUACCCUCUUCUACCAAGCUCACAUCGACAGCUCUACGGUUGUAAGGGCGCUCGUCAACGAGUUUCCUGCUGAUCAUAUGGCUUGGGAUGUCGACCGGCAAUUUUUAUGGGGACCGUCCUUUAUGAUAUCGGCUGUUUUAGAAGAGGGCGUAACAGAAAUCGAAGUCUACUUUCCCGAUGCUCGUUGGUAUGACUAUUACACGGGCAAAGAAAUGGUGGAUGAGAGGGGUACGGUAGCUAAUUUGGCUGCACCCAUGGAGGUCAUCAAUCUGCACGUAAGAGGGGGUUAUAUCAUACCCCUUCAGGAGCCAGCAAAUACCACUGUUUUCAGUCGUUUGAAGCCUCUUUCUCUUUUAGUGGCUCUAGAUGAUAAUAUGGAGGCUAGCGGAGAACUCUUCUGGGAUGAUGGAGAAAGGAGAGAAUCCUACGAAAAUGGAGAGUACACUUUACUCAAAUUCAUCGCCACAAAAGUAAAUGUGAAGGGCGAACUUCAGAUUGAUGUGGAUGUCGACGGUUACACUGACCCGAACAACCUUUCCUUCGAUAGCGUUAAGAUCUAUGGUGUGCAUCAUUACGUUGACGGUGACGUCACAAUAGAACCUGCUGAUGGGUCGCCGUCAUACAAUGCUGCAAAUGUAGAAUUCACCGCCGAAACAAACGUUCUCCACAUCCGGGAUCUUCAUCUUGAUAUGACGGAGUCCUUCACAAUUCAAUGGGAUAUACAAGCAUGACAUGUAUAUUUACUCACAACAAAGUAUAUUCACAACAUAGCAUAUAGGCCUACACACAGUCUAGGACUUCACUCGACGCAGAAAAUGGAUUAAGGGGGGAGGGGGUUAGCAUUUAAUUUGAAACUGAAUUUAUGGGAUUAAGAUGAGGAAAAGGCAAACUGAGACAAAAAAACGUAAGGUUAUCAUCAACGAACGUACAGGGGUCAUCUAUUUUGCAAACACGCGUCCUCUACGUUCAUUGAUUAUCAUAUGAUGAUAAUGGGGAAGGGGAGUGAGAGUUUGUGAGAGGGGGUGACGAUAUAGCAACGGCGAUGAAAUGGAAAACUGACGCAUUUAGAAUUAUACUGGGGGAAAGGAAUUGAAAAAAUUGACAUGUUGGAAGGGGAAGGGGCGAGAGUAAUAUUGAUAAUUACUAAAAUUGAAAUGUACACACAGCGUCGAAAUGAUCGACUACACGUUCAAAGUCUUUUAAAUUGUGUCGUGCAGUACUACUCAGAAGACAAGAAGAGCAGAGAGAGAGAGAAGGAGAGAGGAUUAACAAUGUUUGGAAGAAAUGAAUUUGGAGGAGAGUAAAAGUGAAAGAACGUACAUGGUAAGUGAUAUAUAGUCUGCAGGCACAGACCUCCGGGUUUUCGCAAUUCGCACAGUGCACAAUGCAGAGUCUGAAGUAGUGAGACUAGAUUCAAUCAUGUUCUGUGGCUGUCAAAGUGUCAAAUUUGAGUCUGUGCUUGCAGACUAGGAGUGAGGCAGGAAGGGACAGAGAGAGAGAAAGGGAGAGAGAAAGUAGAAAAUAAAUUUUUUUAAAGAACACCAGGAGAAAAGAAGGAAGACGUGGAGGAAGAGAAGAAAAGGUAUGAAAUAGGGGAUUAAAGAGGGAGCGAACACUAUGUAGUUUCUCAUUGACUGUGUGUUCUAAAUAGCGAGUCUUAAAAUACACCUUUCUGAAAUAAAUAGUAGUAACACAAAGAAUCAAUUAGCCAAUAUAUAUUUUUUUUCCAGAGAAGCUAAAAUGUUUUGGGAGAAAAAGUACUAAUUUUGCUACUUGGUAACAUAAUGAUUUGUUGCGAUAAUGUAUGGAGUAGUGAAUUAGUGUGUUAUCAUUCAAGUGGGUCUAUAUUACAAGACUACUUUGCUCAGAAUGUUGCAUUAUGGGUGAUGAACCUGUCCAGAUAUGAGUAGUUGAAUACUUAAGGUGGGGCUAUUAAAGGGAUGGUCCGGGCUGAAAGUAUUUAUAUCUAAAUUAAUAGAGUAAAAUUCACAGAGCAAAAUGCUGAAAAUUUCAUCAAAAUCGGAUAACAAAUAAAGAAGUUAUUGAAUUUUAAAGUUUAUCAAUAUUUUGUGAAAAUAGUUUUAUGCACAUCAUCAUGAAUAUUCAUUAGGUGGGCUGAUAUACUUUCCUUUUCCUUAUGUUAUUACAGUUUUAUGCACAUCAUCAUGAAUAUUCAUUAGGUGGGCUGAUGAUACUUUCCUUUUUUUUAAAUGUUAUUACAGUUUUAUGCACAUCAUCAUGAAUAUUCAUUAGGUGGGCUGAUGAUGUCACAUCCCCACUUUCCUUUUUCUUAUGUUAUUACAUGAAAUCAUAACUGUUUCAGUUUUUCAUGCAUAUGUAAAUGAUGUGUCUCCAUUAUGAUGAAAUAAGUUGCGGCAAUAAAUAACUAAUGCACUUA